AAUAUGCUAUAAUAAACAAAAAUCCAAGGUACGUAGGUUAGCUGUUCCUCUAAUCCUCUUCCCUUAACUUUGCUAUAUAUACCCCAUUUUUCCUAGUUUCCACCAUCAUAUUUUCAACUCAUCAUUUCUAACAUAGUAACACAUACAGUACACAAAAAUCAUGUCUUCUCUCAAAGCAAAUUUGGCAGUAGUGCUGGCCAUGAUCAUCGCUUGCGCGUCAAGCAGCCUAGUUCAAUCUCAGAACUGCGGCUGCGACGCCGGUGUUUGCUGCAGCCAAUGGGGCUACUGCGGCACCACAGCUGAUUAUUGUGGCGACGGUUGCCGAGAAGGUCCUUGCUAUAUCCCUAUUCCUCCUACGCCUAAUAAUGUUUCGGUCCCUGAUGUGGUCACUGACGCUUUCUUUAGCGGGAUCAUUGAUCAGGCUGAUGAUAGUUGUGCUGGUAAGUAUUUUUAUAGCAGGUAUACUUUCUUGGAAGCACUUAACAACUAUCCUCAGUUUGGUACUAUUGGAUCCAUUGAUGAUUCUAAGCGUGAAAUUGCGGCCUUCUUUGCUCAUAUUACGCAUGAAACUGGACAUCUUUGCUACAUAGAGGAAAUAAAUGGACCCGCAGGCGACUAUUGUGACAAGAACAACAGAGAAUGGCCCUGUAACCCAAAGAAGCAAUACUACGGUAGGGGACCAAUUCAACUAUCAUGGAACUUCAACUACGGACCAGCCGGUCAAAGCAUUGGGUUCGACGGAUUGAAUGCGCCGGAAAUAGUUGCCAGCGAUCCCAUUAUCGCCUUCAGGACAGCCUUAUGGUAUUGGAUGAUCAAUGUCCACUCUCUCAUUAUCUCCGGCCAAGGGUUUGGGUCGACCAUUAGAGCUAUCAAUGGAAUAUUGGAAUGUGAUGGUGGUCAUCCAGCUGCUGUUAAUGCUCGUAUUAGGGCGUCGUUAUAGAUCAAAGGAGCCGAACUAUUGGCCGUUGUGAAGGCAGCAUCGACGGUGUCGAAAGCAAAGAAAGCACCGAUGUAAUCGAUCAGGUAUUCUUUCUUUUUCUUUAUUUUUCUUCGUUUAAUCGUUUCAUUUCGUGUUUUGCAUGUGAUUCAUGGAUUUCAAUUCAGAUCUAAGUUCUAUGGAAUUGAGUUCUAUUAUCUGAUUUUUUUGCUUAAUCGUUUCAAAUCUGAUUUUUUUUUUUUUUUUGUGGCAUUUAUCCUAGUCUAGGGUUUAUUUUAUAGAUCUAGGGUUCAUGAAAUUUGAUUUUGAUUCUUAAUCUUUUCUCCUUUGCACCGAGGUUGAAUUUUGAUUCUUAAUCUUUUCUCAUUUUCAGAUCUGGUUCUUCUCGAAGUCUUUUCUCCGGUGAAAUUUCGACUGUAGUUGCGUUUGAGGUGAAGAUCUGGAUUUGCACCAUCAUCUGAAAUUUCGACUGUAGUUGCUAUGAAGAUUACAUGAAAUUCUUUCUUUUAUGAACUUUCAGUAAUUCUGUAAUCUUCUCUAUGUUUCUGUAAUUUUAUUUAAUUGAUUUUCUGUAAUUUAUGUAUUCUUUUUUAUGUAAUUAUCUCUUUUUCUUUAUUUUCUGUAAUUUAUUAUUACAAAUCUACGAUUUUUUUGUGAAGAAACCAUCAUCUUUAUAGCAAGUUUGCAACAGCCUCAAUCCUAGUUUUUUUUAAUAAAAAAAAGUUGCUAUUUGUGUCGCACGUAGCCCAAGG